AUGGGGCGCCGCGGCGCCGCGCCGGGGCCCGCCCGGCCAAUAGCGAGGCGCGCGGGCACGCCGGCGGACGGCCGCCAGCCAAUGGGCGGGCGCGCGGGGGGCGGCGCGGCUACAUGUUGCGGUGUCGCCAACGUGGGUCCGCGGCGAGCGGCGCUCGGGCCGGGCGGGGAGCGGCGGGGUUGGGCCAGCGGCGGUCGCUGCGGUUCUGGGCUGAAAAGGCGCUUCCCGCAGCGGAGACGCGGACCUGAUCCACCCGGCGGCGCUUGCCUCCCCGCCUGCUGGCGGGUGGAUGCCGGUGCCGUGAGCGCCCCGUGGGGCCGCAUCGCCGGCGGCCCAGGCGAUGCUGUGGGCGGCGGAGCGGCGCUGAGCGCUCCUAGGGCCCUGCGGCGUUACAGCUGCGUUCCGUGCCGGGGCCGCUCCUGCCGCCUUCUCCCGCCUCGGACCUUCUCCGGUGCCGGAUACAAAAUGGCGGUGCCGUCACGGGCAGACGGUGGAGCGGCAGCGGCGCUGCUGCUGCUGGGGCUGCUGCGUUCGGCCGCCGCCGACUGCCCCUCCGGCUGUGCCUGUGGCGAGGAGCUGCUGAGCUGCGGUGGGCUGGCGCUGCCCGCCGUGCCCCAGGACUUGCCCCGCUGGCCGCGGCACGUAAACCUGAGCUACAACAAGUUGACAGAGAUUGAUCCUUCUGCCUUUGCAGAGCUGUCCAACCUGCAGGAAGUGCGACUGAACAACAACGAGCUGAGCACCAUUCCCUCCCUGGGACCCGCUGCUGCCGGCGUCCGCUUCCUCUGCCUGCACCACAACAGGAUCCGCAGCAUUGAAGCGAGUCAGCUGAAGCCCUACGUUACCUUGGAGACCUUGGACCUGAGUUUCAAUGACAUCACAGAAAUCCGAAACGGCUGCUUUCCACAGGGACUCCACAUAAAGGAGCUCUACCUGGGGAGCAACAGAAUCAGCACCCUGGAGCCUGGUGCUUUUGAUAGUCUGUCACGGUCUCUGCUAACACUUCGUCUGAGUAAAAACAGGAUCACUCAGCUUCCUGUCAAGGCAUUCAGGCUACCCAGGCUAAUACAACUGGAGCUGAACCGGAACCGCAUCCGCCUGAUCGAAGGCCUGACGUUCCAGGGGCUGGACAGCCUGGAAGUGCUGAAACUGCAGCGCAACAACAUCAGCAAGCUGACCGAUGGGGCCUUCUGGGGCCUGGCCAAGAUGCACACUCUCCACCUGGAGUACAACAGCCUGACAGAAGUGAACAGUGGCUCUCUCUAUGGCCUUUCAUCUCUGCACCAGCUGCACCUCAGUAACAACUCCAUAUCCCGCAUCAACCCCGACGGCUGGGGCUUCUGUCAGAAGUUGCAUGAGCUAAUACUCUCUUACAACAACCUGAGCAGGCUGGAUGAGGGAAGCCUGGCAGACCUCGGGGGGCUGCACGUGCUGCGACUGAGCCACAACUCCAUCAAUCACAUUGCAGAAGGUGCUUUCAAGGGACUCAAAAACCUACGUGUCCUGGAACUGGACCACAAUGACAUCUCAGGCACAAUAGAAGAUACCAGUGGAGCCUUUACAGGCCUAGAAAACCUAAACAAGCUAACUCUGUUUGGAAACAAGAUCAAGUCGGUGGCCAAGAAAGCGUUCUCAGGGUUGGAGGCCCUGGAGCACCUGAACCUCGGGGACAACGCCAUCCGCUCCAUCCAAGGCGACGCUUUCGUUAGGAUGAAGAGCCUGCGGCAGCUCUACAUCAACAGUGACAGCUUCCUCUGCGAUUGCCAGCUGAAAUGGUUGCCCCAGUGGUUAGUUGAGAAGGAGCUGCAGUCCUCUGUGGUGGCCACCUGCGCCCAUCCCGAGUCACUAAAAAGCAAAAGCAUUUUCGCCAUCCUGCCAGAGAGUUUUGUGUGUGAUGAUUUCCCCAAGCCACAGAUCAUCGUCCAGCCCGAGACCACGGUGGCUGUGCUGGGGAAGGACAUCCGCUUCACCUGCUCGGCCGCCAGCAGCAGCAGCUCCCCCAUGAUGUUUGCCUGGAAGAAAGACAACGAGAUGCUGCACAACGCUGAGAUCGAGAACUUCGCCCACGUGCGGGCCAAGGAGGGCGAGGUGAUGGAGUACACCACUAUUCUGCACCUCCGGCACGUCACCUUUGCCCACGAAGGGCGCUACCAGUGCAUCAUCACCAACCACUUCGGCUCUACCUACUCCAGCAAGGCCCGUCUCACUGUCAAUGUGUUGCCCUCGUUUCUCAAAACGCCUCACGACCUCACCAGCCGGACGGGGACAACGGCACGCCUGGAGUGCGCAGCCGAGGGACACCCCACCCCGCAGAUCGCCUGGCAGAAGGACGGCGGCACAGACUUCCCCGCCGCCCGCGAGCGCCGCAUGCACGUCAUGCCCGACGACGACGUCUUCUUCAUCACAGACGUGAAGCUGGAAGACAUGGGGGUGUACAGCUGCACGGCACAGAACUCUGCGGGCUCUGUGCUUGCAAACGCCACCCUGACAGUGCUGGAGACACCUUCUUUGAUUCACCCACUGGAAGACCACGUUGUGUCUGUGGGUGAGACUGUGGCUCUUCAGUGCAAAGCCACAGGGAGCCCAACUCCCCGCAUCACCUGGCUGAAGGGUGACCAGCCACUGAUUGUGACAGAAAGGCAUCACUUCACCUCUGGCAACCAGCUGCUGAUUGUUAGGAACGUCGUCCUGGAGGAUGCUGGGAAAUACACCUGUGAGAUGUCCAACACCCUGGGGACAGAGCGUGCGCACAGCCAUGUCAGCAUCCUGCAGUCUCUGGGCUGCAGGAAGGACCGAACCACUGUGGGGAUCAUCACCAUUGCCGUGGUGUGCAGCAUCGUGCUGACAUCUCUGGUCUGGGUCUGCAUCAUCUACCAAACCAGGAAGAAGAGUGAAGAGUACAGCGUCACCAACACAGAUGAGACCAUUGUGCCUCCUGACGUGCCCAGCUACUUGUCUUCACAAGGGACCCUUUCUGAGCGGCAGGAAGCGGUGGUCAGGGUGGAGAGCCACCAGCCAAAUGGCCACAUAGACAGCAACGAUGGUUCACUUGUUACAGGUAUGUGUCAAACCGAUCCUGGAAGGUGCCCAGAUGUUGAAGCUCCCAGUGUAGGCUGUAGGCAGCCGAAGCUGUGUAUCAGCUACAAUAGAGACACUUGGAAAACCGAAGAGACAGCUGAUGGAGUGCUUGCUCCAGAUAAGACAGGCUAUGGCCUGCCAGUUGUGUGCACUGACUGCAGUGGCAGCACAGACAGCAUGAACGUCCACAUCUACCCCAAGGAGCCUGACUGCUACUCCCAGAGCCUUAAGACUGUGGAGAGUCCCUACCCAAACACACCCAGCAGCAAAGAGCGGGACAGGAAGAGGGGCGCAGGCACCAGCCCUCUGCAUCCUCAGCCAUGCAACGGGAUUGCCAGUGGCAAGAGGCUGGAAGCAGACGGGACCCUCUACCCCAGCAACCACGACAGAAUGAGAGCUGUGAGCACCACCAGCCCGCUGCUUGCCGACACACACGGCUUUUCACAAGCAGCAGCAGCAAAGCCUUCAGAGCUUAAUAACCUUAAUUCGGUGCGAGCUUCAUCGGCAGGAGGGUCCCUAAAGCAACUGAAUGUGCUUCCUGAGACGUCCCCAGCACUACUGGAUUUGCAGAGCGAAGUAGAAGUGAAACAGGCUCUCCUGUCCCACGGCUACCCAGCCUCACCGUGCGGCUCUGCUCAGAGCUGAAGCCGCUGCACAGCUCUCUGGACUGAGGACAGGCUGCCAUGUGCAAAGUGACAAACACACUAUUCUUUGGGGAGGUUAUUCCCUUUUCUUCGUUGUUUUUGCACACAGUAUAUAGGCUACUUACUUCUACCUCAAAUCUUGAACUGAUGACCUGUCAAAGGCAAACAGCUGAGGUAUGAGAAACAAGCUUGUAUGGGGAGCAAACUCCUGUUCGAGCGUCAUCUGUUUGUACAUAGUUUAAAACUUCCCUGAGAAGUAUGAAGCGUUCAAAAGUCGACUUGCAUAUGAAGCACAUAAAUGCAAGGGGUUAUUGUGUAAAGAGAAAAGUAUUUGAUACAACUGUACAUAAGAGUUUUCAUAUAUAAAUAUAUAUAUAUUAAAAAGUAUCUAUAUCUUUUACAGAGGCUAUUUUAAUCUUUAGUGCAUGGAAAACUGAGUGAAAUUUUACAAGUUUGGCAAUAUUGUUUUCAGUAUCAGGUUGCUGUUAAACUUGGUGAGAGAAAUAAUUAUGGUGCCUUAAAUGCAUAAGCAGAACUUUAAAAAGCCAGAUCCUUCCAAAGGGAUUGUCCUCUUUGCAAUGGAAGUUCCUUUGUAUCAAGUAUCGAUUGGGUUACUUAGCACAGAUUUCCUUCCCCUCUUGAAAUUUUGAAGUUUAUUGCACUUAAACACAUUGCAACAGAGAUCUUCAACCGUUUCAGUUAAGUUUGUAGGGGAAAAUAACCCAACCCUGCAACCAGAAAUGACAGAGCAACCUGAUUUUUUUUUCCUGUUGGUGGAAGAACUUAAAUUCCAUUAUUUUUCUGAAAUACGUAAAAUAUUAGUGUUUAACUGUGACUAUGUGAUAUGUUAGAGUGGACCACACUCAGUGGCACUCAGUAAUUCAGCAACGGUGCAGAGCCCCAAAGCACCCAGGCAGAAAGGCUGUGGUGGCUGGGGAGCAGUCCUGACCAGAAGGAUUUUGACACACGCAGGGAUCUGCAGGGUGGGCUCAUACUGUGCCGUUCCAGAGCAGGGCAGCAGAAGGUGUUACCUGCUGGUGUCUGCUGUUGUGGCACCCAUCACCUGCAGGGUGACAUCUGCCCUGCCAAGUGGCUGUUGCUUUACCUGGAGGAGGUGCAGCUAAGGAUAUGCAGCCUCCCCUGGUGAGGAGGAGCCCGUGCCAGUAUAAAGCAUUUUCACACCCAGCAAAUCCAUCUGUUCUGGAGGGGGUUUGAAACCAUAGAGCUGUUUUGACAACAGAACUCAAAUCACACUCCUGAGCUGACAGCUGUACUCUCAAUUCAUCUGAUACUCUUUUUUUCCACUGCAGUCUUGUUGAACACCAUUGCCCCCACCUGCAGCCAGAAAAUAGCUGCUUCCAGUGGCUUCUGCUGCUCUGGGGAGCAGCUCUAGGACAUCCAGAAACACUCUUUUAGAAGGUAAAACAUUUGCUUAUGGCUGAAAUGUCUGUUAAAGGGAAGUGUCCCAAGUAUUUCUAUGUGGUCUUUUAAGUUCAUCCAUGAAUGGGGGGAAAAUAGAUAGCCUGCAAAGUACACACCCUGAAAGUACAUACCCACCUUGGUCAGAUCUUUGUCACUUCUCACUUCACUAGGGUGCUCUUUACUUAUAGCAAGGCUGCUUUCUGUUGGUGUUGGUACCUGUGGAUGGAAGACUCCCUUCCACUUACUUGUAGUUUGAGUUCUGCUAACAUGAGGUUGCUAACUCUGGUGAUGACUACUUUGGGGAAAGUUUAUUAGGGGGUUUGUUACUUUUUUUUAUUGUUAUUAUUCAGAGCAACUCAAAUGCCAGUUCCACUGAAGCAGAGUCUGGUGGAAAUCCACCUUUGCUAAGGGGCUCAAAGCAAGCAUCAGAGCAGAGAUAGCAUUUUCUCUUCAGCCCCCACCACCUGGGGCUCUGCUGGAGCGCUGCCACGCCUGUGGGGUGCCAGCCAGCAGUAAUGUGCUGCCCCGACGUGAGGUGCCCCUUUGGUUUUCUUGCAACCUGGUCCUGCCCAGCCUUGCCUUGAGGAGCCACCACCUCCCAUCAGGGAAAGACCUCUGCUGGUGGCUGCAGCUGACCUUGCUAAAGUGAGGCCCAGUUCAGCCAGGUACCAGCUGUACCAGCUCCUGACUGUUGACCCAUUUGCACUUUGAGGCUGGUGGCUAACUAUGGUGAGUGCCAAGUUUAUGCAAAGCAAAGGAAAUGGAGGUUAGAAAGUUAUAAGCUGAGCAGAGUUUUUCCCUUUACUGAGGGGAAAGGCAUGCUGCAGCCUGAGUGGCCAAGGGGAGCAGAGUUGGAACUGGGGACAGGGGGAGGAUGGGAACGAUUGGACUCGUUUGCUGGCAGAGAGGUCAUCACCACUGCGGACACAAAGCGUAUUUGCCACAUUAACAUUGGAUAAUAAUGGUUCUGAAUAAAGGUAACUGCCUAAUGUUAUGACUUCCACUAAAUAUGUGAAUUUGCUGCUUCUAAGAGGCAAUGUGAAAGAGGAAGUAUUACUUUUGUGUACAAAGUUAUUUAUUUAUUAGAAAAGUUGGUACAAUGUUGUACAUUGACAAACGUGUAAGAUAUUGAAGUGUCUAACAAACGGCAUUGAAGUGUCUUUAAUAAAGGUUCAUUUAUAAUGUUA